AUGAAGAAUCCUUUGCUAGGGUUUGUUAAUGCAAACCAAAAGACCACACAUAAAGAGGAAGACUUGAAAGAUAGAAGCACCAAGAAGGUUAAAGAUAGGGAGGAGGCAAGCAAUCCAAUAACUGAUAGCCACAUAUGGGAUAACGAUAGUUCACACAAAGAAGUUGAGGAAAACGAAAAGGUAAUCUCAUAUAAAUAUGUGGUGAUAAGGGAAAAUGUCGAUUAUAAGAAAGAGGACAAGGAUCAAUCCAAAGAAGAUGAGGAAAUUUGGGAAAUCGAAAGGCUAGAAGAAGAUUUACGCAUCGAAGAGAAGAAAUAUGGAAGUAUCAAUGUCUUGAAAUUAUACUAUCUGACAUAUAAGAAAAGAGAAUUGUCAAACCUUGGAAAAUGGAGUCAUAGUCAAAAUGUUAGGGAGAAGGAUUGGCUAUAA